UUUUUAACUUGGAUGAUGAUGAAAAUAGAAUAACUAAGGAUGAAUUUGUGUCUGGCUUUAUAAAAUGGCUUGAACAAACCAAAUUUGCUUUGAAUAAACAAUAUAUGUCAAGGAAAUCACUCAAGGAGUUAUAUCAGGUUUUUGAGCCAUGGAUUGAGAAUAAAAGAAGAGAACAAGAAAGGAAGAAACAUAUCAUAUCUGAAAUCUUCAGGCAUAUUCAGAGCGAUUUGGUUGUCAGCCUCCUUACUGAUGAUGGCAAACCUGACGAAAUUGCUAUUAGAAGGUUAUUCGACAAGAUGGAUGCCAAUGAAGAUAACUUCAUUUCCCGGCCUGAAUUAAGAAAACUACUCAAGGAGAUCAAUAUUGCUAAAGCAUCAAUAGAUGUGGAGGAAGCAGCUAAUAAAUUCAUUGAAGAGCUUGACGUUAACAGGGACCAUGUGAUUAGUGAGGAGGAAUUUAUUUCUGGGCUCAAAAAAUGGCUCAGCUCAUCAUCUCCCAGUCGUGUUCAUCCCUCAGAGUCAGAGUCAGAAGAAGAUAUACUUCAGAGCCCUUGAUAGAAAGUGUACGCAGGUUUUCAAGCGGUGCAGGAAUUAAUGCAUUCUUCAUCUCAUUUAUAUUGGUCCCAUUGGCCACUAAUGCUAAAAAAGCAAUUUCUGCAGUCAAAGAAGCAAGCC